AGCGAGACUUGGAGUCAAUCCCCCAGUUAGGCAUGGCCCAGCCCAAGAAAGGAAAGAAGAAGUGGAAAUGUGGCUGCGGUGAGAAAUUUAGUAAGAAAUAAGUUCAAAAAGCAUGUCAAAAUCUGAGAAGCAGCUGUAGUCAGCAGCUCAAGCUCAGAUGAAGAGUUCAAGUAUGAAGAGUCUCCUCAGCCAAGGAAGUCAGGAGGGUUCUUUUCGAGAUUAUUCAGCUUUUCAACAACAAAAGAACCAGAGGAGUAUAAGAUGCGCUGAGAAGGUUGAAAGGAAUGAUUUGAUUCUGAAGAAUCUAAUGAUAUCCAUUUCUUAGAAAAUUGUGCUCAUAUUAUAUGCCACGAUUGCUUGAAGCAAAUUACAACAGAGAAAUACGGCAAAGAAGAUACAGUGCCUUGUCCAAAAUGUGGAGGGCCCAUCACAGAUUAUGAGAUAAAAUACGUCCUUGGGGAGGAUUUCUAUAACAAGCUUCAACAAGAUGCCAUUGGCAAUAUCCUCGGAGAAGAUUACUCGUUAGUCCACUGAGACUGCGGCAAUAUGUUCGAAUUUACCAAAAGCAAAACAGAUUAUUCAGUAAAGGAUGAAAAUGGCAAUACAUUAUCUAAAUAAAGCAGCUAAGCAUUAUGCUAAGAGGAGAGUUCGAUGAAAUGCGUGUGAGGAGAACUUCUGAAUCAAAUGCAAAGUUAAACCCUACCAUAUUGGGUAUACUUGUAAAGAAUACAAGAAAUUUAAGAAAGGCAAAAAGUGAAGAUUUUGAGGAGAACUCAUACCAAAAUCGAAGAAAAAGAAAGGAGCUUUCAAAUAAAGUUUGAGAUAACCAGGAAUGAAUAGAUCAAAUUAAUGCGUGCUGAGAUAAGAUACAUGACUGUGGACAUCCUUGCAAAGGAUUUGCAGGCGAAGAAGAUUGUUUAUCGUGAUUACAUCCAGAUUGCGUUGAAGAAAACCAUCGCCCAACUCUAGACCAGAACGAUGACACUUUCUGAACAAUUUGAUAUAUCUCUGGUUUGGGUGAGAAACCAUGAAUCCAGCUUGGAUGAAAGCAUAUCUUUCAUGUUGAUUGAAUCACUGAAAUUAUACAAAAUAAGUGGGCAGGGCCAAGGAUUACCUUCCUCUUCAAGAAGUGUCCAAGCUGUAAGGCUGAAAUAGAUGCAUACAAUCAUCCACAAAUUUCUGAACUUCUGGAAGAAGCUUGUGAACUAGAGGAAGAAAUUAUAAAACUUGCUGUCGAAAGAGCAAAAGUUGAAGGAAUUGACAAAGAUCCGAGAUUGAAGAACAAAAAGGAUGAGUACUAUAAUGACCUAGAGAGAUACGCAAUGGAACGAAUGAGCUAUUAUACUUGUCAUCAAUGAGAAAACCCCUACUAUGGAGGCCUCAAAGAAUGAGGAAAUAUGGCUCAAGCAGAGGGCAAUUUUAACGCUGAAGAGCUCGUAUGUGGAAAAUGUUCCUCUGAAGGUCUCGCAGGCAAAACUGAUUGUAGUAUACAUGGUAAAGAGUAUAUUGAGUUUAAAUGCAGAUAUUGUUGAACAAUCUCGCAAUGGUUCUGUUUUGGAACCACUCACUUUUGAGAUCCUUGUCAUCGAAUAGCAGGCAGAAAUAAAAUCACUAAAUGUCCAGGGAAAGAUAAAUGAGGAAUUAAAGUAGAACACCCUGAUAAUGGCGAAGAAUUUGCUCUGGGAUGAGGAUUAUGUAGACAUGCUGCUGGAUCUGAGAUGUAG